AUGAGUACGCCACCCCAAUCUUCAACACCACCGCAAUUCAUUGAACAAGUUCCUUUAUCAUCUAAGCAAAAAAAUAAAAAUCUCAAGAAUGAAUUAGUUAUAAAAUUAAUUGAACCUACAAUAAUAUUCCGUGGAGAAUCGCAAGAAGCUCCCGGUGUAUUUUUAAGAGGUGAUCUGAUUUUGAACUUAAGCAAACCAACAAAUAUUAAAGGAAUUGAAAUGGAAUUUGUUGGAAAAACAAAAACAUUUUGGGUUUCAGAUGUUAAACACGAUCAGAAUAUUCAUUCGGAAAAACGAGAAAUUAUAUUUCAUAAGCGGCAGUUCACGAUUCCGCAAGCUAAUGAAUCACUGUCAAUAUACGAACAUCCACGUCAUAGUAUUUUCAGUAUAAAACAAUCACCAUCCUCGCAUCAUGAUCAUACAAACAUAGUCCCGGCGGGCAUAUAUACGUUUCCUUUCGAAAUUUUACUCUUAGGAAGCCUUCCAGAGACUAUCGACGCAGAUUUAGGUCAUGUGCAAUAUCGAUUAAGUGCACAAGCGCAUCGUCCGGGUUUAUUACCGAAAUUAACAAAAAAAAUCAAUGUCGAGAUUAUUAGAGUUUUACCGGAUGAUGUUGACUCGCAAGGAAUAGCUUUGUCAAAAGAUUACGAGGAUAUAUUAAAUUACGAGAUUUCAAUUCCAAAGAAAUCUUAUCCUCUUGGCCAAGUCAUUCCGAUAGAAAUUAAAUUAAUUCCUUAUGUCAAAAAAUUAAAAAUUCACGGAUUACGUACUAAGCUUUUAGAAAAUAUCGUUUACAGAGCUCAAAAUGAAAAUUUCGAAAUCACCAAAGUCGUUGCAACACUUGACGUUGAAAAUUUUGGUCAUAAUAAUCUAUUGCAAGAGAUAAAUGAUGAAGAUAUAGGAGAUACAAGUUACCAAAGCAAUUUCAAUUUCCUAUUACCCAAUUCUAAUAAUAAAAUUCAUUAUACUUGUAAUACGCCUUUGAUUGAUGUAAAACAUAUAUUGGAGUUUUAUAUCAUUGUUACUUUGCCAAAUAAUGAGACCAGAACAAAACUACGAAUUGAAUGCAACAUUAAUCUGGUUUCUUGUCUGGUUGUUGGCCAAAAUUUUAUUUUACCGAAAUAUGAAGAAAGCUUGUUAUUCUGCCCUUGCAAUCCUGAUUAUCAACGAAUUGCAAGACUAGUAAUAGGUGAUAUUGCAGAGGACAAGCAUUGCCGUUGCGACGUGGGUACAAACGAAAAUCUGCUAAUGGAGACGCAUUGUAAUUGUGAUCACUGUGAGGACAGUUGUAAAUGUUUGCCUCCAAAUUAUGAUGAGGCUCAAAUGUAA